ACAGGAGGAGUCUUUGGGCUGAUAAUCUCAGUUCCUGAUCUAAUUAAUAACUGUGAAGAACUGGUUAAGAACAAACAUCAGACGGAAGCUAGCACACGUCUGAGGACAAAAGCUAAUGAAAUCCGUGAGGCUGUGAAAGAAUUAAAAAAGCAACUGAAUGAAUUACAAGAGAUGCUCGAGCAAAUCCCUGAAAUGGAGUAUCACAUUCAUUUGACUCAGGAGAUGUUUGGAUCUCAAAUAUACACACGAGGCACCAUUUGUAUAGAGUAUAAACAGACCCAAAAGCAGGACACAAGGUUUAUUGUCAUUUGCACAAAAGACAUAAGAGUAACUGAGUGUGGUGGUUCCAAAAGUAAAGACAAAUCAGGUGACAACAAGAACAAAAGACAGAAGACGAAUGCUACUUCAACUGAAGACAGGAACCUUAAACAACAGAGGAAACCUGCUUUUCAGAGCGAACCACCACAGAAGUCUAAAACCAAAUUUUGGCUUUCGGGAUUUCGGCUCCGCCUCCCUAAAAUACUCAUGUCUAAUGUGCGUUCUCUUUCAAACAAACAAGAAGAGCUCAAAGAACUUAUGGAAGAUGUGGGAAACUUUAACAAUGAUCUGAUGUUCUUCACAGAGACAUGGUUUAAUAUCAGCUCACAUAUUAAUCCCUUUAAGAGAUAUAAGAUAUUCCGGGUUGAUCGUGAUGUACAACAUACUGGGAAACGUAGAGGAGGGGGACUGAUGAUGCUUGUGAAUGAGGCCUGGGCGACUAAUGUGAAGGUGGAAAAAAUGAAGAACAGUCCAAAUUAUGAGUUAAUGGUUGUGUCCAUUAUACCACAUGACCACCCUGAGGAUGCACCACCACUUACCUUCAUCCAUGUGUAUGUCCCAGGACCUAAUUUUGCUAAAGCAGCCAUUGACAUCGCUGGUUUUUACUAUGAUGCUGUGGAGAGGUAUCCUGGUGCUCCUGUUUUCUUGUUGGGCGAUUUCAACCGGUGUGACAUCACUCCUCACUUGGACCUGGAGCAAUAUGUCUCAUGCCCAACCAGAUACAAUAACACCCUGGAUAAGUGCUAUGGGAAUGUGCCAGGGGCUUAUAGAUCUAAAUGCAGACCCCCGCUUGGCCGGUCAGACCACAAUAUCAUUCAUUUGAUCCCUAAAGACACGUCAGACAAAAGUGACCCCUCCAAAGAUGAGUGUACACAUGAAGUGUACACAUGACAACGCCAAACCCAGAAAGCAAUGAGAGGUUGUGCAACAGUUGUAGUUCUGUGUUGUUUUUAUGUAGGUGGUCCUGAAGGAAAUCUGUUUCGUUUCACUGUGUACUAUACUAGUAUCUUGUUUUGUCCUAUAGAUGUAGGUGGCAUCUAACUGCUUAUUGACUAUAAAAAGUCAAUGAGAAAAAGAAGACUAUAGUUGGAACUGGUCUGAAUACUGACACAACAAUGAGGAACAACAUGAGGAACAAACUUCUCCUUUGAAUGAAGAAAAAUAAACAAAGGAAACUGUUGCUUAAUAUGUUUAAGCUAUGUGACUUAAAAAGAAGAAAUGCUACCACCUUGCUUGUGUACAAUUUUAAUCAAACAAAUAGCUACUCAAAAGAUAUUGAUCACUGAAGCUUACCAUUACUGUACCUGUAAAUGUGUUGAUUGCAUUGAAAGGACCAGGACUCAUCAAAACACAAAAUGUGCACAGGGCAGUCUGGCUGUGAAUGGUACCUUUCAUUAUUCACUGAAGAAGAAAAUAGGAGAAGAUUCACAAGCUCUGGGGUGGUGGACGUCCACUGAAGAAUCCUCUGUAAUCCAAGUGCAAGAUAAAACCUGAGG